CGACUACGAUGUACGAUGGUACGAUGGUUUUAUAAAAUUCAGAUCCAGGUAGCGAGUACAUGAAACCCACUAAACGAGAAUUUUAACCGUUCCCCGAGCGGUUCUCAAAUAUACGCGUUAAAUUUCCGGAAGUCGUUUCAUUUCGUUGCGAAAGCAACAGUUUUUAAAAUUCUCGUUUACCGGAUCGAUUGGAGAUGUCACGAAGAGAUCGAUCAAGAGAUGCAGCACAGGGAAACGGUCUGCAGCAGUCCUGCCCGCUCUGCCACUUGCCAGAUUCCGACGAAAUGGUCAGCUGUGACGACUGUGAGCGUUGGUAUCACUUCGGCUGCGUCGGAGUGAACGAAGAUGUAGCCAAUCAUGAUUGGAGCUGCCAGGAAUGCAUCAAUGCCAGAGUUCCUGCUCCACAAUCGCCGCAUCCGAGAGCUUCCACAGAUGAGCCGUUACCACACCUUCAGUCAGCAUUACCAGCCCCUCGUCAUCCCACGCCACCAACAUCGAUCAUGCCAGUGCCUUCACCACGUCUUCACACUCCACGAACGUCAAAUUUACCACCCACUCCACGCCCACGCACUCCACCAGCUUCGAGUAUGCAACGUGUUGUGCCACCAGUUGCCAGAGAGGUAGCGGUCGAACCCGAUUUGCUGAACAAGCUUCCUGAUGAGCUUCGUAUCCAGUUGUUAAAAGAAGAAGAAGCCAUCGAGCGAAAGUUUCUGUUACGUAGGUAACAGCUUUUGCUAGAAUCAUCAGUGCAUUCAGUUCCAACUGUUCAGGGAACCGACAAUAGAAUAGGUUUAGCGAGUAAUAAUGUUAGAGAUCCUCCUGUUUCUCAUUCGUCACCAAUGAAUGGUCACCGCCGCGAUAUUUUACCGUUUGUUUCAUCUAUGGGGCGAGAGCGUAAUGAGGCAAAUUUCGUUCCACAUUUAAGAGAACAACUAACGUAUAUUCCACCAUCAAUCAAUAAUUGUACUAAUUUCUCGGCGAUUGAUCCUCCUCGAACAAACCAACGGUCGUAUAUUCCGACAUCUAAUCCACCACCAGCCUUUCACCGACCGAAUGCAACGUGCUUUCCGCCGCCUCGUGUCGAUCUGCCUCCGCAUAUUCCGUCGUCCUCUAUACCGAAUAAUUAUAUGCGCCCGAAUGCAUCCGCAUUUGCACCAUAUGCUGGCCCUCCGCGUCAUACUGCUCAAGGAUAUUACCCGUUCGAUUCUCACGACAUUCCCUCCGCCAUAGGAGGAACGGCGCUGCUAAAUAGAAGCCAAAUCGCCGCACGUCAUGCAGUCGCUAGGGACUUACCAAUAUUCAGCGGUGAGCCGGAAGAGUGGCCGCUGUUUUUCGCCACGUAUGAGAACACAACGAACCUGUGUGGAUUUUCGCCCGAGGAGAAUAUGGCCCGUCUACAGAAAUGUCUAAGAGGCAAAGCCUUAGAAGCGGUUAAAUGUCAGCUGUUACAUCCAACUAAUGUGGAACAGGUUCUCUCCACCUUGAGAAUGCUUUUCGGUCGUCCUGAAAUUAUUGUUCAUUCGUUACUCCAGAAGAUAAGUGGUAUUCCAGCACCCAAAGCGGAGCGGCUGGCUACACUUGUCGAUUUUGCGCUAGCCGUUCGCAAUAUGGUAGCUACCGUGAAAGCCUGUGAGUUAGAGGAGCAUCUUUGUAAUUUAACUCUUUUGCACAAUCUGGUUGAACGUCUCCCCCCAAUGAUUCGUUUAAACUGGGCGACCCAUCGUCAGUCUCUACAAUUGGUAACGUUAUCCGACUUUAGCGAUUGGUUGUAUAAGUUGGCAGAAGCAGCAAGUAUGGUAACGAUGCCACCGUUCUCGGCACCCAUCGACAACAAAGUUCGCCGUGGAAGGAAGGAUGAUGGAUACUUGAAUGCGCAUAUCGAAUCAGUUCCUAAAUCCAAACAAUAUGAAGUAACAAGAAAUCGAUGUAUCAUCUGCAAUGAUAGUUGUGGGGAUGUAGAAACAUGUAAGCGUUUCCUUUCGAUGAAUCUUUCUGCCCGUUGGGAUGCACUCCGGGAACACAAAUUAUGUCGUAGUUGUCUGGGGAGUCAUCGUGGUCCAUGUAAAACCGGAAAGUCAUGUGGGAAGAAUGGCUGCGAGUACAAGCACCAUCAGCUUAUGCAUAACGAUGCCAAGAAUAAGUCGAUACCAUCAACCUCGUCGCAUUUUAAAGGGAGAACUCAAGUUCCACAAGACGCUGUUGCUGGUCGUUCCCAGGAAACUAAUUCAUGUAACACUCAUCGUGAAGGAUGCGAAGCUGUUAUAUUCCAGUACGUUCCUGUUACGUUGUACAACAACAAUGUCGAGUUGCGCACAUAUGCCUUUUUAGACAGUGGAUCCUCUCUCACACUGAUGGAGGAAGGUUUAGCAAAGGAGCUGAAUUUGGAAGGCGAAAAGCACCCAUUAUGUUUACGCUGGACGGCUGACACUUGUCGGUACGAGAAUAAUGCUAUGCGUGUUUCCUUCGACAUUUCCGGUACGCGCGGUGGAAGUCCCAAAUGCAAUUUGACGGAUGUCUACACCGUUAAGGAACUGAAGCUUCCGUCACAAUCUCUGUCCGUUCACGAGCUCUCCCAAAAGUAUUCUCAUCUUGAUGGGUUGCCGAUAGAAUCCUACAAAAACAUCCAACCUAUGUUACUGAUUGGCAUUAACAAUUUACGUGUUGUACAUUCAUUGGAGAGUCGUGAAGGGGAGUCAAAUGAACCCGUAGCAAUAAAGACACGCCUUGGAUGGACGAUUUAUGGGAUGUGCUCGUUCAAAGAUGGCCAGGUGUCGAAAAUUAAUCCAUAUAACUAUCAUUUCUGCUUCCACUCUUAUGAAUCGGAUGAAAUGUUGCACGAGACGGUCAAACAAUUCUUUGCUCUCGACAGUUUGGGAAUAUGCGCCCCACAGAACCACCUUCAUUCCAAGGAGGACGAACGAGCUUUGGAGAAACUGCGUGAUGUUACAACUUUGAAGAACGGGCGCUAUCAAGUGGGCUUGCUCUGGAAAUAUGACAACGUACGAUUACCCAACAACCGCUCCAUGGCGUUGAGACGCCAUCGUUGCUUGACGAAAAGAAUGGAACGCGAGCCCGAAUUAGCAAGGACAUUGCGGUCAAAAAUGGCGGACUACGAGCGAAAGGGCUAUAUACGUAAGCUCACAUCUGAAGAGAGCCGAAGGACCGGAGAUCGAACAUGAUACCUGCCGAUAUUCCCGGUAUUUAAUCCCAACAAACCUGGGAAAGUUCGCAUUGUCUUCGAUGCGGCCGCCUCCUUCGGAGGUGUAUCUCUGAAUUCUGUUCUGAUGAAAGGCCCAGAUCAGCUGAA